UUCAUGUGAACAUGAUGAUGGCCUGUCUACCAAGUUGAUGCCCUGACAAUAUUAGUUCACUGCUCAUAACCUUUAAUUUACGGUUAUAUAAUUUAACAAUUAUUUUAUCUAGUACUUCAUGCCAAAAAUGAAGAUGCUGGCUUGUUUAUCGACUGUACUUCAUUAAAUUAUCUGAAUAGCUGUUUCCUGGUUUGAGUGGAGUGAAAAUGCCUAGUAUUUUAAAUCUGUUUAUUGCAUUGAUAUCACCCUGGAAAAGUAUAGCAGACAUGAUUGAAUACUAGCUAGUACUAAAAUUAAUGGAGUUCAUCUAUACAAAAUCUUUUUAUAUCUCCAAUUGGUCCUGCAUGUUUCUUGAAGUAGUGGAACAUGGGUUGUUACAAGAAUGCAAUUGCUCAAUAACUGCUUUAUUUCUGAUGGUUAGUUGGAUAACAAAGCAUGUGAUUGCCUUGUGACCUUGUCCCUCACAGAGCCCUAUCUAGUUUCCUCUUGGUCAUUACUCAAACAUCACGUGUUCUUGUAUAAGCUCUUUCAUCUAUAUAUACUUGUCUGUGUGUGGAUUGGGCAAGCAAAUCAAGUUCAAGUAUUCUCAAAACACCAAAAGUUACCUUUUUUCCUUCAACUUCUAGUAUUCGGAGAUUUUCUCUCUUGUUAAGCAUGGGUUUUCGUUUGCCUGGUAUUGUUCAAGCUAAGAAAGCUCUUCGACAUCUUCCCAGUACUGCUAACCAAGCAGCUCCAGGGGCCAUAGAUGUUCCGAAGGGCUACUUUGCAGUGUAUGUUGGAGAAAACCAAAAGAAGCGUUUUGUGAUCCCAGUAUCAUACUUGAACCAGCCUUUGUUCUUGGAUUUGCUCAGUCAUGCUGAAGAAGAAUUCGGUUUUGAUUAUCCGAUGGGUGGUCUAACAAUUCCCUGCAAUGAACGGAUCUUCAUUGAUAUCACUUGUCGCUUGAAUAGGUUUUAAAAAUAUUACAUAGAGUCAUAGACAGAAUAGGAUAAAACAUUUGUACAAGGUUUUUUCAUCUUUUUGCUGCAUAGAAGUGCAGUUUGUAACUAUUAAAUUUUGAAAGAUUGAAGUACCAGAUCCACUAAUCAUGAAUAUUAUUU